CCCUGUCCUAUUCAUCCAUGUUGAUCACACCAUCUACCACACACGUGCAUCCUCUAAAACUCUACACGUGUGUUCCACACGCAUUCUGUGUGUGGACCUGCCCGCCAAAAAGGUUUCCUUAUAAAUACGGGAUCCAAAUCAGAAACAAAGCAAUCACUAGCUCUACACAUACUGAAAUGGAUAGGCAAGGUGCCGACGAUGCUGAGAAAAUUCGAUCUGAUUUUCUCAAAGUUUUGCGGAGCAGAAGAUCCGCUGAAGUUCCGUUGACCGUGGAACCUGCAAAACCUGUGGCAAAUCCUUUAUUCCAGGAAGCUUCACCUCCACGCUUUAGUGAGGCAAUGGAGUCAUGUCCAAAGGCUAAGAUAGAAAAUUUUAAGGAGUUACUGAAAGAAGAAAAUCUUUACUUGCAUACUGAGGCAGGAGAGCAGGGGCGUUUGCCUGUGUUGAUUUUAAGUUUGAAAGAAAGUGAACACCGGAGAAGGCCUGCUAUUGUUUUUCUGCAUAGUACAAAUAAGUGCAAAGAGUGGUUACGGCCGUUGCUUGAGGCAUAUGCUUCUCGGGGAUACAUAGCGAUUGCUAUUGAUUCUCGCUACCAUGGGGAACGUGCUAGCAACUUAACCACUUAUCGAGAUGCUCUCGUUUCAUCAUGGAAGAAGGGCGACACGAUGCCAUUCAUAUUUGAUACAGCCUGGGACUUGAUAAAACUAGCAGAUUAUUUAACACAGAGAGAAGAUAUAGACCCAAUGAGGAUAGGUAUCACUGGUGAAUCACUUGGAGGAAUGCAUGCAUGGUUUGGUGCUGCUUCUGACACCCGCUAUGCAGUGGUUGUUCCUAUAAUUGGAGUUCAGGGAUUUCGAUGGGCUAUAGACAACAAUCAAUGGCAAGCUCGAGUUGACAGUAUAAAGGCUGUGUUUGAAGAAGCAAGGAUUGAUUUAGGUAAGAGCGCUAUUGAUAAAGAAGUGGUGGAGAAGGUCUGGGAUAGAAUUGCUCCUGGUCUAGCUUCCCAGUUUGAUUCUCCUUACACAAUUCCAGCCAUUGCUCCACGCCCACUGCUUAUUGUGAAUGGCGCAGAAGAUCCUCGCUGUCCACUUGCAGGUUUGGAAAUUCCCAAAGAAAGAGCAUGCAAAGCCUAUGGAGACACCAAUAGUGUGGAUAAAUUCAAGUUGAUUGCACAACCUGGAAUUGGGCACCAGAUGACAUCCUUGAUGGUUAAAGAAGCUAGUGAUUGGUUCGACAAGUUUCUGAAGAAUUAAUUUUUUUAAUGUAAUAUUUGUAAUUGUUUUCUUUUCCCCUUUGAGUAGUUCAAAAAU